AUGGAGCUCAAGGGAUGUCAGGACUGUUUUGCCUUUCUCAAAGCAGCAGGGUUGACCAUAGCUUUGUUUAUUUCCCACAGGCAUCGAUCAAUUGCAAAGUGGAUAAGAGAGCAACAGCCAGUUACUGAGCACUUCUUUGACAUCUGGCAUGUUGCCAAGUCAGUGUCAAAGAAGCUGCUCCGAGUUGGGAAGGAGAGUGGGUGUGAACUUCUGGUGAAGUGGCAAAGGGCCAUCAAAAACCAUUUGCACUGGUGUGCUACCUCCACCAAGCUCGGAUUUGGGGAGCUUAUUUUAGCAAAGUGGAAGUCUAUUGUGCGCCAUGUCUGCAAUAAGCAUGACAACCACUCAGAUCCUGUCUCCAGACAGUGUGUCGAUGGACCUACAUCAAGAAGGUAUUGGUUAAAGAAAGGCGAGUUGUUUUGACAAACACAAUUAAUUUUAAAUAUAUUUUUUCUAAACACUCCCUGGGAAAUCACUCUACUCUAAUCUUAAAAUAACAUGGUUUAUUCCAACUCUCAUGUAAGAUCCAAGAAAAAAUUCUCUGGGGUUUAUUUCAAGAAUGCAGAUCAAAGGUAAAACCUCCAAAAUGUCUUUGUUAUUCAAUUUUAGGCACUAAUGUGUACAAGAUGAAGCAGAUAUUGAUGAAUACCAGGCUACUAAAUGACAUCAAAAAGUUGUCCAGCGAGGACCAAACCAGCAGCCUAGAAGGUUUCCAUUCAACCUUGAAUCAGUUCCAUCUUAAGAUGAUACGUUUCUCAUGGCUUGGCUCAUACUGCAGGUGGGAUCAUAUAUAAGAAAACAAAAAUAGUAUUACCAAAACUAGAGGUGCAUGUGGUCUCUUAAAUUAUGGUAACAUUCCUUUAAGGAAAUCCUUCCCCUAAUUUUAAAUUCUGUCAAAAUUUGUGUUCAGAACCAAAAUAAAAUCUGACUGCUUUGCUUUACCCUUGCAUCAGAAUUUCUGUUAUAGUUCAUGAUGUAGCUUGGUGUGUUUUACGUCCUGGGCACAUCUUAGGUAGCCUGCAUUUUAACGAGAACAUGCUGAGGGAGCCCCAAAGGAUGGAAAGGAUUACUUGUUAG